AUGUCAUAUUCAGGGCGUUCAUUCAGGCAUUACGUGGAGCAAGAGCUAGGAAGUCUACCACAUUUUGUAAUAUACGCGGUCCUUGAAUGGACCCUCAUAGUUUUGCUCUUACUUGAUGGUUUCCUAGCAUUUGUAUCAAGUGAAUUUGCGGAUUUUUUCGAUUUGCAAGCCCCAUGUGUUCUGUGCACCAGGAUUGAUCAUAUCCUAGCACGUAACAAAUCACGUUAUUGUUACAAUGAAACCAUUUGUGACGAGCACAAGAAGGAUUUAUCCUCCCUUGCAUACUGUCAUGUUCAUAGAAAACUCUCAGACAUUCGAACAAUGUGUAAAGGAUGCCUCCUUUCUUUUGCUACUGACAAUAAUAAAUCUGAUUGUACUGAAGGUUACAAAACUUUUUAUAAGGGGGGUGUAAAUAAGGAUCUUGAAUUGUUGUUUGAUGAUGAAAUAAAGACUAGGCUUCAGCUGCAACCUCUCUGGAGCGAUGAAACUGGUAAUGGAAAUGGAGUUGGAGAUUCGAUUUACUGCUCGUGUUGUGGGGAGGCUAUGAAGGUUAAGCCUACAGGGUUUCAAAAGGGCAGUGUUGGUAACAUUAGCACUAAUUCCGGGUUUUUUAGCAGGGUUCCUAGUAGGCUUUCGCAGCAGGGUCCUACUCCUUCCCCUCGUGCUCCUUUUAGUUCGUGGAGAGCAGAUGAUGUUCGGACCACCUUAGAGCUGUCCCAAAUUCGAUGCCUAGAGCUUAAGUCGUCUGAAACAAGCAACUUUGAUGAGGAGGAUGCAGCUAAUCUAGCCGUCUCAACUGCAGGCAAGGAAGAAGCGAAACUUGCAACAACACCAAAGCCAAUAGAUGCGGAUGAUUUUAUGGAAGAUUUUGGCAGCACUACAUCUUUUGGCAGGGGUAACAGAUUUUUCGGCGUAUCUGAUUCAGCAGCUGCUAGUCCAAGGUUUGCUAACCGGAUGCCUAGGAAGUCACUCUUGGAUAAAGUGGAGCUAGGCUCAGACCCUGUGGAGGCAAUCACAGGAAGCGAGACUGAUACUGAGGUUAUCUUGGACCGCCUAAAGAAGCAAGUUCGAUCAGAUCGAAAAUCUCUUAUAGCUCUUUACAUGGAAUUGGAUGAAGAGAGAGGUGCUUCUGCUGUGGCAGCCAACAAUGCAAUGGCAAUGAUCACGAGGUUACAGGCAGAAAAGGCGUCUGUUCAAAUGGAGGCCUUGCAGUAUCAGAGGAUGAUGGAGGAACAAGCUGAGUAUGAUAAAGAGGACAUUCAAAUGUUAAAGGAUUUUCUUAAUAAGAAAGAGGAUGAAAUGAGAGACCUAGAGGCCGAGUUAGAUCUUUAUCGAGACAGAUGUGGCUUACCUAAUGUGACUCGAGGUGAUGUGUAUGAAAAUUCUCAAUCUUUUUCAUCAAUUUAUGAGCAAGGGGAUCCACUGUUUAGCAUUGGCUCAUUUUAUGAAGGUGAGUAUAGUGGAUGGAAGAAUGAUGAUGAUGAUGAUGUUAGUGAAUCAUCACUUGAAGACGGUGACAAUAUCGAAACACACGAUGAUGAUGCUCACCACAACCUUGAAGAAGAUUGUACUAAUGGAUCAUUCAUAGAAAUUGAGCAUGGUGGAUCUUUUAACUUGGAUCAACUGAAAUAUCAUGGAGUCGAGGAUGCUCCAUAGUCUAACUGAAUGAGGUUGAUGUGCCUUGUCAUGAAGAAAGCAUAGGACACUUGAUUUUUCUCCCAUUCCCCCUUUUAAAACAAUAAAGGGAAACAAACGCGAUGUUUUCUGUUUUGGUUCUUAGGGUGACUAGGCUACACAAAUCAUUUAGGGAUAACAGGAUAAAAAAAACAAGGUUUUAUGAAAUGAGGGCUCAAUAUUGCAGCUAAGGGACUAAGCAGAUGGACAGUGGACGCCAUUGCAACCUGUUGUUGGUGUUUCAUUCUAUAUUCAGGGAAUCAGUGGUUAUAUAUAUCUCAGACUUGAGAAGGAAAAAUGAUUGCAUAAAAGUCCAAAGAAAGUAAAGAGGCUAAAAAACAUGUCCUGUUUUAUGUGAAUAUGUAGAAUUUAGUCAUAAUAUACUAAUGACUAACAGAUGAUCUCCUUUUA